AUGAGCAGUCAAAAUUCAUAUUCCAGGAACGCCUCUCGCUUCCGCCCAGCAUCCUCAGGGCCUCCGGGCGAGAAGCAGCGCCACGAGGCAGAAGCGACUUCCAGGAGCUACGAUAAGGGGCGGCGGCGACAUGGCGCGUGUUUAGUGACGUACGAUAGAGCGCGAGCGGCCGUCGCCUGGCAGUCCCGCGUCAGUGUGUCAGUGGCAGCUCAGUGUCGAGCGGCGAGUCACGGGAGAAGGUGUGGUCGUGUCACUUCUGGACUGCGGGCUAACAUACGAUCCCAGAGGCCUCCGUAUUUCCUCCUCCUAGCGGCGAUACCUUCAGGAGCGCCGCGUCGCACGGAGCCGCCCUUAGGAGUCGAGCGUCCUUCCGGGGGAGGGGCAAUGGUGGAGACGCGAGACGAGGCCGGCCUGACGUCGCUGCAGCCGCCGUCAGCCUCCCAGUCCUUGGCGGGGCCUCUCCAGCAGCAGGACCUCAGUCAGGCGAAGGAGGACGCAUGUGCGGGUGCACCAAAGGACCCUCCUGCAGAAGCCCGGAAAGAAGCCAAGCAGGAGACCUCACAGGGAGCGGAAAUGGAUCCUAAGAAGGAUGAGGAGAGUCCAACGACAGAAGUAGACAAAGCUCUGGAGGCGGUGUUGAGGGUGGACAGGAGACAGGUGGCAGGAGCUGGCGACGGGGCUUUGCCGAAGGAGCUGGCCGCAGAGGCAGAGGACGAUGUCCACGAGAAGCCGGAAUGGGUUGAUCGUGAUGUCCAAGCUCUCAGGGAAAUGGUUGAACAGGAACCUGGCUUGAAAUCACGUAUUGAUAAGCCUUUCUUGUUAGCUUUCCUUAGAGCUCGUAAAUUUGACUAUGAUAAAGCCAUGGCCAUGAUUCGAGGGUACUAUAGAGCAAGACAGGAGAAUGCUGACAUGUAUGUGAACCUCGUCCCAUCAGCCCUGGAUCACGUCUGGCCACUGUGCAUGCAGACGGUCCUUCCAACACCAGACAACCUAGGGAGAACUGUCCUCAUUUUCAGAACAGGUGCAUGGUUACCUGAAGUCUGCACCCUAGAUGACGUGUUCAGGUCUCAGGUGGUAAUGUUGGAGCAUGUUGUACGGGUCCCAGUAACACAGCUUCGAGGGAUAGCAGCUGUUGUUGACUGCUCUGGGCUGUCUAUGACUCAUGCCUACUAUCUGACUCCGACUCACAUUCGCCGCAUGAUUUCAGUUGUCCAGGAAGUCUUUCCUCUAAGGUUCAAGGCAUUGCACUUUGUUCACGAGCCUUCGAUAUUCGACUGGGUCUUCAGCUUAGUCAAACCUUUCCUCUCCGAAACUAUAAAAGGACGAUUGCACUUCCACGGAGAAGACCUCGAGAGCCUGCACAAACACAUCCCAGCCAAUGAGUUACCAGAAGAGUUAGGUGGAGCUCAGGGACCCAUGGCUAACAGUGAACUUGUAGAGAUACUGAAACAAAAUGAAGACUAUUAUAAAGAGCAUUUUACAUAUGGCUUUGAGAUGUCUGAAGAACCUGCGCGUCAGGGAACUGUAAUGGAAGCUGUGACUGACAUGGGGAGUUUGAUUGGCAGUUACUACAGAAGGAUGUGUAUAGACUAGUGCUAGCCAGCCCUGCACUAGUGACAGUCCUCCUAGUGCCAUCAUGUGAGGAAAGCAAAUUUGACCCCAAAAACAUUUUGAUACCUAUAGAAAAAAUGUCGAAGGAGGUUCCGAUGAUUUUGGAGUCGCUUCUGUGUACUGGGUGGGAGAGUUCAGGUACUUUUGUUCAUGGAA